AUUACAUAGGUAGACCGAGCUAAAAAUUAAGAAGUUGUUUUUGGAGAGUGAGAGAGAACAAGGUAAACUUCUCCACCAUCAUAUAAAAACAUCGGAAAGGAGUCAAAGCCGCCGGAGAAACGUUUGGUUUCAAUUUGGCAGAACGACAGUUAGUCAAAUAUCCAGCUUUGAAUCGUUUGGAUCAAUAGCAGUAAUCCACCCACAAUCUACACCUUAUCAACAUGGCCCGAUCCUCCAGGGUAUCCAAAGCUGCCGGUCAAAUUUCACCUUCCGAUGUAGAAUCUGAAAAAGGAACGAUCACACGUAAUGCCAAUUCAAGAACAUCUUCUACAAAUUCGGUAACACGUAGAACGGUACAUGCAAACGGAGAAGAAGAGGAAAUCUUAGAUAGCGAAGAAGCAGUUCGAUUGGCAAACGCUGCGCAAGAGAAUGUGUUCUUAUUCGUUCCUAAUUUGAUCGGAUAUGCAAGAGUGAUCUUGGCUGCAUUGUCAUUGUAUUACAUGAAGAGUAAUCCGAAAACAUGCACUUUGCUAUAUGGUUUCUCAUCCCUUUUGGACGCAGCGGAUGGUGUUGCAGCUCGUAGAUUAGGACAAGCUACCAAAUUUGGAGCUGUAUUGGAUAUGGUCACAGAUCGAUGCGCGACAGCAUGUCUACUUUGCUUCUUGACCACAGCAUACCCAAGAUGUGCAAUCAUCUUUCAAGGCUUGAUCACGUUGGACUUUUCAAGUCACUAUAUUCACAUGUAUAGUUCGCUUAUCACCGGAUCUUCAUCACAUAAAUUGGUCACUUCGGAUGUCUCGUGGAUUUUGUGGUAUUAUUACAACGAUAGCAGGACUUUAUUCUUUUAUUGCGCAGGAAACGAAUUAUUCUUCGUUUGUCUUUAUUUGAUGGACUUUUAUCCUACUCCAUUGGGUCUUAAACCAGAAUGGUUUUUGUGGCCUUUGGGUAAAGGAGUGGCUUCUUCUUUGGUGCUUGAAGCGGCAAGAAAUCCAAAAUCCAUACAAGCUUACUUUUUCAAAAUGAUUGCCGAGCUCACGUGGCCACAAAUUGUUGCGGUCAUCACUUUCCCAAUCUUUUUCGUUAAGCAAAUUAUCAAUGCUGUUCAAUUCUGGAAAGCGGCAAAAGUUUUGGUCGGAAUCGAUUUGGCAGAGCGCGCAAAGAAUCGUCAAAAGAAGUGAUGAUAAAUGCAACGUCUCAUAUCCGCCCUAUAAGGAGCCCAUAACGAAUGCAACUGAGCGAAAAAGUUGCCAUUCAUUCAAAUCUGUUCAGGUGAAAAUACGGAACAAGAUUAAAUAUUUGUACUUAUAUUGCAAAAAAACAGAAUCAAAAACCCCACACUUUUUCCCAUUCAAAUCGCUUUCUUAAUCCCUUUUCCCUCGCGCAAAUAUCUCUUUCGAUGCUCUGUCUAUCAAUGAAAAUUCCUCCUGCCGCCUUUCUUUUGGAAUAAUACUUGUCUUACCUCUUCAUCGUGUUUUCUUUGCACCGAUUUCUUAACACGUACUGAUGCAAUAAUACAUGGAAUUGAUAGAGAAUGAAGAAGGUGUAUCUGAAUUGUGUAUUGUACAAAGUGCUAAACAACGAGAAUGGAAAAGUGUUAAACGU